AUGAGCCUAGAAACCGACAGUAGCGAUGCUCAAAGCAUCGAGUAUCUCUAUCUAGAGAUGGACACUCCUUUACCAAUACCUUCAGAUAUCGCAGCCCCCUCCAUAUUGAAUCCAGGACCACAGCCAGAAUGUCCUGAUCUCAAAAAAUACACUUCACCUUUCGCCUGGGCAAAAUCGAGGAAAUCCAUGAUGACUGCCACUGCCUGCUCCGUUACAGCUCUUGCGGGCUAUGCGGCGGGUGAGAUGGGACCUGCUGCUGCUGAGCUGACAGAGAAAUGGGGCAUUAGUAAUGUUGUCUACCAGCUCAAUAUUACCCUUUUCUGUAUUGGGUUUGCCGCGGCACCGAUGGUCCUCGCUCCAUUUUCCGAGAUCAAUGGAAGGAGGCCUAUAUUCAUUGCCAGUGGCAUUUUGUUUGUUGCAAGCUUGGUCGGCUGCGGAGGGACUGGGUCAUUUGCCGGACUUCUCGUCGCCAGGGUGUUCGAGGGCAUUGCUUCAUCAACUUUUUCAACCAUGGUUGGCGGCGUUAUCAGUGAUAUUUAUCACGCUGAUGAUCGCAACACACCCAUGUCCCUGUUUGCUGGGUCGGCUCUAUUCGGGACCGGUUUGAGUCCGCUCAUCUCCAGCAUUAUUCAGACUCGCAUAUCUUGGCGCUGGAUCUAUUAUUCACACGCUAUUGCAGCCGGCAUCUUUACCGUCAUAAUCUAUCUCUUUUUCGAGGAGACCAGAGGGAGUGUGCUUCUCAGCAGGAAAGCACGAGCAUUAAACAAAUACUACGAGGAGCGGGAGAAAACUGGGUAUUUUGGGGUGAUCAUGUCAAUGGACGAAAAGGGUGAGAGUAGAAUUAUCAAACGUAUUCGAUGGAGAGUAAAAAGCGAUGAAGAGCGUGAUUCUUUGGCAAUGAUGAUAAGUAUAUCGGUUUAUCGCCCAUUUCAUAUGCUCCUGACAGAGCCUGUGGUCUUUUUCUUUUCACUUUGGGCCGCUUUCAGUUGGGCCAUAUUAUACCUUCAAUUUGGUUCUAUCACACUCAUCUUUAGCACCAACCACCACUUUGACACUGAGGAAACAGGAGCGGUAUUCGCUGCUAUAUGUGUGGGAGCUAUCCUUGGAACCGUUUUGAGCAUUUGUCAAGAUAUACUUGCUUUCCGAUUUGGCACCCGUGUGAGGACACCCGAAACUCGACUCCAUUUUGCUUGUGUGAUAUCCACCCUGAUGCCAGCCGGCCUUUUCUGGUUUGGAUGGACUUCUUAUUCAUCGACACCGUGGAUUGUCCCAACACUUGCCGUUGGCUGUGCCACAAUUGGUAUUUUAUCCAUCUAUCUAGCAGUCUUCAACUACUUAGCCGAUACAUAUCAUCGUUAUGCCAGUUCAGCUAUUGCGGCACAAUCAUUUUGUCGUAACAUGCUCGGUGGCGUGUUUCCACUGGUGACACAAAUUAUGUUCAAAAAUCUUGGAUAUCCUGGCGCCUCGAGUCUACUGGGCGGUAUUGGCGCUGCUCUGACCUUGGUCCCCUGGGUUCUGCUGUUCUUUGGCACUCGCAUCCGUGCUAAAUCAAAAUUUGCCAGCCAAUUAUCGAAACAGUUAGAACAUUGA